AAUAAUAAAAAAGAUAUCACAUCAUUACAAAUGUGCAAAUGUAGAAAUGUGCCACUAAGAUCUCCAAGAACUAGUCCAAAGAUGAAACGGCGCUUGACAACGGUUAGGGAAGAGCCCAGAUCCCCAAAAAGCCUUUGUAAUAGUGACGUGGCCAUCUAUAUUAUGGUCGUAUCAACGGCAGUGCUGAGUUAUGUGAACAGUUUCAAUGGUGAUUUCGUACAUGAUGAUAUACCAGCUAUUGUGACGAAUGGGGAUGUGGUGGGUACUAACAGUUUGAAGCAGUUGUUCCUGAAUGAUUUCUGGGGUACGCCAAUGGCUGAUCCCAAUAGUCACAAGUCCUAUCGACCACUCACGACAUUAUCUUUUAGACUAAACUACGCUCUGUCAGGGUUAAGGCCGUGGUGGUGGCAUGCCUGUAACGUGUGUUUGCACGCCGCGUGCUGCGCGCUCGUUGCGCGUGCCUGUGUCACUAUCGCGCGAUUGCAACGGCCGUUUGCUGCAUUAGCUGCAUUGCUAUUCGCAGUUCAUCCUGUACACACUGAGGCGGUAGCCGGUGUGGUGGGUCGAGCGGAUGUGCUGGCGUGCAUAUUCUUCCUAUCAUCGCUGUUAGUUUACCAUAGGCCUACAAGUAACAAGAAGUGCGUUUGGCUAAGCGUGGUCCUCGGAGCUCUCAGUAUGCUGGCCAAAGAAACUGGAGUGACAAUAUUAUUGCUCAAUCUAGCGAUUGACUUCUAUAGAUGUUGGCCACUUGUCAAGAGGUCACUUUGUUCGUGGAAAAUUGAAAAGAAGUGUACGGGGCUGUCAGUGAGGACGACCAAGAUUUUAGUGUCUUUAUCGUUACUUAUAUGCCUUCGACUCGCUCUGCUUCAAGGAACCUGGCCAACAUUUUCACCACAGGACAACCCUGCUGCGUUCCAUCCAAGCUUCUUUGUCAGAUUGAUGACGUUUUGCUAUUUGGCUGCCUUUAACUGGUGGCUCCUCAUCUGCCCUUGGACCCUCAGUCAUGAUUGGCAAAUGGGUUCCGUUCCUCUCAUCACCAGUGGUUGGGAUCCGAGGAACUUUAUUACCUGUGCUGCCUUCGGUGCCUUGCUGCUUUUGUGUUAUAGAUGUAUUACUGAUUUAGAGGUGCAGAGACAUACGCCCGCUGUGAUUGGUUUAUUAAUGCUAGUGGUGCCGUUCGUACCAGCCAGCAAUCUACUUGUCACCGUUGGAUUUGUCAUCGCUGAACGAGUUUUAUAUAUACCGAGUGUCGGAAGCGUGAUAAUAACUGCAUAUGGAGUUCAAUUGAUGUGGUACUCCAAACCUGGAACAAAAGCUGUCUUAGUAGUUGGACUGGCAGUUCUUGCUGCAAGUGGAGUUGCGAGAACAUACAGGAGAAAUGCUGACUGGCGUGAUCGAGCGACAUUAUUAAGAGCGGAUUUAGUGAGUUUACCUCAAAAUGCCAAACUGCACUACAACUUUGGAAACUUUCUCCGCGAGACCGAACAGCAAGACAACGCUAUCAAACAUUACAAAGAAGCUUUGAGGUUGUGGCCGACAUACGCCAGCGCUCACAAUAACAUCGGCACUCUUAUCAACGCUGAAAGCGCUGAACAGCACUUCUUAAAAGCUAUCAAAUACAACAGGCACCAUGUAAAUGCGCAUUAUAACCUUGGAAAGUUAUACAAAAAAAGCGGUCGUAUUGUUCAAGCAAUCAAAAUGCUGGAACGGUGUAUAGUCUUACAACCGCGGUUCGUUCAAGCGCACGUGGAACUUUUAUCUCUGAAACCGGAAUCUGAGAAACCGAAAAUUUUGAUGAGAUUGUUGGAACUGGAGCCGAAUAAUUGGGAACAUUACGUGCUCUAUGGAAACUGGCUGAGGACAAAAGGCUUACCUGGAGCCGCUGCCAAAUAUUUUCUAGAAGCCACGAGACUAAGCUUUAGAAAUCGGUAUAUGGAGAAACCAAUCAGAGGGGAUUUGAUCUCGUUUAGAUCCACGGCUCUUAUGUAUAGGAGCUUAGGUCAGAAGUCUAGAACGUUACAACUAUUAACUAGAUGGCACACUUGGCGACGCGGCUGGCCGAGUGCGGCGGCUGCGCAUACGUAUUUAAGAGAUUGGCGGCUUCGCCUUGAACUGGAGGGACGUGCGCUGGUUUACUCCAAGGCCGUGAAUCCAACGAAAUCAACAACAUGCUUCGAUCAUUCCCAGCUAGCAGCAGGUGCUGGUAAUACAGAAGCGGAUACAAUAGCAAGAGACGAAGAAAUAGUUAAAAGUGAUGACAUAAUUAAAAGUGAAAAACGAGACACUGAAGAUAGUGUAAUAGUUGACAGUAAUACUUGCGAUCACAAAACGUGUGCUAUUAAAAAACGCAAUCUAUCAAUAUCAACACAAAUUAAGACAACUCACAACAAAUCAGAAAUUGGACUUAAACAAAAAAAGUGUACAAUGCAUAGAAAACAAAAAACUGUAAAAAAUAACGAUGUGAUACCAAAUAUAGCGGCACCGCUUGCAGAGCACAUCUUGAUGAAGACAUUUUAAAUUAAGAACGCUUUUCUAGAAAUUUCGAGGGGAAAAUGUGUGCUUGCGAGUGAUUUGAAUAAGUCAGUGAGGUUAGUUGUAAAGUAUGCCGACAAUAUC